GCGCGACUGCUCCCGGACGCGUUCGCACUCCAGCGCACGCAGCCGGCGCCGGGAGCAGGAGCAGGGAGAGCACCUCCGGCUCCGCCGGCCGGAGCACCUGGACACCUGGUCCCGCUCGGAUCUGCCCGUACCCGUCGGAGGAGCAGUGGGGUGGGUGGGGAGAGCUGUGCCCCGCAGGGCCAGGGCAGACACUGACCUAGCCCAACUUUUUUUUUUUCCCCUAUUUUUUUCCCCAUUAUUUUAUUUUACCAGCUCCAAUUUAGCCCAGGAUCUUUUAACUGCUGCCAGCGGUGGAGCACAGAUCGGGAAUAGAUAUUUUCCUCCCCUGUUCCCAAGAUCCUCCUCCUGAGCAGCCACCAUGGGAAGUAAAACCCUGCCAGCCCCAGUGCCUAUCCAUCCUUCCCUCCAGCUUACCAACUACUCCUUCCUGCAAGCAUUCAAUGGGCUGCCCGCUGUGCCCUCCGACCACCUCUCCAACCUCUACGGCUUCAGUGCCCUGCACGCUGUGCACCUGCACCAGUGGACUCUGGGGUACCCAGCCAUGCACCUGCCCCGCUCCUCCUUCUCCAAAGUGCCCAGCGUCUCGAGCCUGGUGGAUGCACGAUUCCAGCUGCCAACCUUCCCACUCUUUCCGCAUGUCAUCCAGCCCAAGCAAGAGGCUACCAAUGUGACCCUCAAAGCCAAACCCCGUUUUGACUUUGCCAACUUAGCAGUGGCUGCCACACAAGAGGACCACUCUAAACUGGGACAGGCAGACAGUCAGGGCUCACCUACAGGGCUGGGGUCUUUGCUUGAGGUGACUAAACUCUCUCCAGAGAAGAAACCCACGCGGGGAAGGUUACCGUCCAAAACCAAGAAGGAGUUUGUGUGUAAAUUCUGUGGCAGGCACUUCACGAAGUCCUACAACCUUUUGAUCCAUGAAAGAACCCACACAGAUGAACGGCCGUACACAUGUGACAUUUGUCACAAGGCCUUCCGAAGACAGGAUCACCUGAGGGAUCACAGAUAUAUCCAUUCUAAAGAAAAGCCUUUUAAGUGUCAAGAAUGUGGGAAAGGAUUUUGCCAGUCCAGAACACUAGCGGUCCACAAGACACUGCACACGCAAGUAAAAGAACUGAAACCUGCCAAACUUAAGUGUUGAAUAUCCAACUUCUACGAACUUUUCUUCCCCUUCAGACUUUACACCAAAACCAGAGCAGAAACAAAACUUUCAGGAUGGGAGCACUGGACUUUGUGCUUUGUUGUUGUUUGUACUUUAAAAAGGGCAAAAUCCGCACCCCUGCAAUCCCCCAUCCAAGCAAUUAACUUCCUAAGUCGUGGGUGAAAAGAUUAUUUUGAAUUUAAAAUAUACAUGAAUGAUACAGAGAGUGCUAGCUGACUUAUGUGGCUUUGAUAAACUUUAUGCCAAAAGGUGGUGCUCAUGUGUUGGACAGGAAUCUCUCUCAAGCCAAACAAAACCCCACAAGACACCUCUUCCCAAUCCCUCUCCCCCCCCCAAAAACCCCAAAAUCAUAGCUUCCAAAAGUAUUACUUAAAAAAAUCCAACCUCUUAUUUUAUACUUUUUUUUUUGACUGUAUAAAGCUUCUUAUUUUUACACUUCAGGAAAUACAGAGAAUUCCAGAAGAAAAUUAAGAACUGAAAUGGUGGUUUCUCAUCACAGCACCAUUAGGACAAGGAGAAGGGCAACUUGCAAAUCUCUUUUGCUGGUUUGUUUUCAGAAAAGGAGAAGGAAGAUUAAUGUUUGGAAAUGACCUAAGUCUCUCAAGUGGGGAAUCCUAUCGUGCAGUAGAAAAUGCAGACCCACAGGUCCCUGGUGUUCGUGACAGAUCAAUGUUGAUGGGAUAUGGAGACCUUUUCAAUUACUUUGUGGUCUAGUGCGCUGUGAGGAAGUUUGUAACUUGUGGACUUAUUUAAAAAAAAACAGAAGAAAGAAAGAAAGAUUGCAGUACAUCAGACUGACAGUAUGCACAACAUGGUUUUAGUGGUACUUUAAAGUCUUCGUGUGUCCUGGUGUGAGAGAACAAAUCUCAACUCGAGAGCAUAUUUUUUUAAAUACUGGCUUUCUGAACAGUGUAUUCAAAUUAAGAGACAUUCCAAUAAGUUUUGUUUAUUAAAAAAAAAAAAAAGUUGUAUGGCUGUUUGGCACUUUAUGCUGAUUAUUGGUAAUUGACAUUUAUCACUGGAUUGUGUGUGGUUUUUAAGUAUUAAAAUAAAUUGUUAUUUUACAGGCAAA